GGGUUCGGUGGGGUGACGGCUGGCGGUGGCUGCGCCGCAUCCGACUGGUGGGCGCGGGACCUGGGUGGGCACCGGAGCUUGUGAUCCCUGAGGGGUCGGCGGUGUGUGGGCGGCGAUGCACCGCUGUCCCUCGCCCAAGGGCCGCGCCGGGCUCUUGUUCCCCGCCCCGCGGCCCCGCCCCUUGCCCCACCCCAGCCGGGAGACCUAACCGGGGCCGCAGCGCAGCGGCCGCAGCAACAUCAGUCUCGCCGCCGCUGCUCCGCCCCAUCCCCUUCUGUUUUUCUCUCAUUCUCCGGUGGUGGCGGUGGGGAAGGUGAAGGAGAGGCAACAGCAGCCAGCUGUGGCUGCAAUGAAUGAUCCCCCAGCCGGAGGGGAGGACUCCAGGUGAGCCUCUGACCUCGGGAGGACCGGGAUCCCCCGGCCGCCCAGGACUUGCAUCCUCCGCCAUGGAUCCCUAGGGGAAGGGAAAAAGGAGGAGGAAAAGACAGCUCUGCCGCCCACCCCCACCUCAUUUUCCUCUUCCUUUAUCUCAUUGUUGCCGAAGCUGUUUACCGUAGCGCUCCCUCUUGCUCCAGCAUGGGGUGGGUUCCAGGCACUGCCUUUCGGCAGGAGCAGCCUGCACGGUUGCCUGGGGAUUCUGCCUAAUUCUACCUCUCCAGCCUGUGCACAGAAAGCCGUGGAGAGCUGUGGAGGCCUGGACUGCAGCAGUCUCGGGGGCCAACUCCCUGCAUCCCCACCCUGGUAGGCUGCAUGCAGAUUGAAGACCAGUGCCUGGGGGCUGGGCCAGCCCGACUGAUCCCAACCUAGGAGUAGGGCAGAAGGACCGGCCAGGCUACAGAGCGGCCCACCUGGAAGGACAGAGCUGCAAGAUGGCCAGUAAGACCAAGGCCAGCGAGGCCCUGAAGGUGGUGGCCCGGUGCCGCCCCCUCAGUAGGAAGGAGGAGGCUGCUGGUCAUGAGCAGAUUCUGACCAUGGACGUGAAACUGGGCCAGGUGACUCUGCGAAACCCCCGCGCGGCACCCGGGGAGCUGCCUAAGACCUUCACUUUUGAUGCUGUGUACGACGCUAGCUCCAAGCAGGCCGACCUGUAUGACGAAACGGUGAGGCCCCUGAUAGACUCGGUGCUUCAGGGUUUCAAUGGCACCGUAUUUGCCUAUGGCCAGACUGGCACUGGCAAGACCUACACCAUGCAGGGGACCUGGGUGGAGCCAGAGCUCCGCGGGGUUAUCCCCAAUGCCUUUGAGCACAUCUUCACUCACAUCUCCCGCUCCCAGAACCAGCAGUACCUGGUUCGUGCCUCCUACUUGGAGAUCUACCAGGAGGAGAUUCGAGAUCUGCUAUCCAAGGAGCCAGGCAAGAGGCUAGAGCUGAAGGAGAAUCCUGAAACAGGGGUCUACAUCAAGGACCUCUCUUCCUUUGUCACCAAGAAUGUCAAGGAGAUUGAGCAUGUGAUGAACCUGGGGAACCAAGCCCGGGCAGUGGGCAGCACCCACAUGAAUGAGGUCAGCUCCCGGUCCCAUGCCAUCUUUGUUAUCACCGUGGAGUGCAGUGAGCGAGGCUCCGAUGGCCAGGACCAUAUCCGAGUAGGCAAGCUCAACCUGGUAGACCUGGCCGGCAGUGAGAGGCAGAACAAGGCAGGUCCCAACGCAGCUGGAGGGCCAGCCACACAGCCAACAGCUGGUAGUGGUACUGGAGGUGGCAGUGCUAGUGGGUCUAGCAGUAGCGGAGAGAGGCCUAAGGAAGCUUCUAAAAUCAAUCUGUCGCUAUCCGCCCUGGGCAAUGUGAUUGCUGCUCUGGCGGGCAACAGGAGCACCCACAUCCCCUACCGGGACUCCAAGCUGACCCGGCUGCUCCAAGACUCACUGGGGGGCAAUGCCAAGACCAUCAUGGUGGCCACACUGGGUCCAGCUUCUCACAGCUAUGAUGAGAGCCUCUCUACCCUGCGCUUUGCAAACCGAGCCAAGAACAUCAAGAACAAACCGCGGGUGAAUGAGGACCCCAAGGACACGCUGCUGAGGGAAUUCCAGGAAGAGAUCGCCCGCUUGAAGGCCCAGCUGGAGAAGAAGGGGAUGUUGGGUAAGCGACCUCGGAGAAAGAGCAGUCGCAGGAAGAAGGCCGUGUCUGCCCCGGCCGGCUAUCCAGAGGGGGCGGUGAUUGAGGCCUGGGUGGCUGAAGAGGAAGAUGAUAACAACAACAAUCACCGCCCACCCCAGCCCAUCCUGGAGGCAGCUUUGGAGAAGAACAUGGAGAAUUACCUGCAGGAACAGAAGGAGCGGCUAGAGGAGGAGAAGGCCGCCAUCCAGGAUGACCGCAGCCUCGUGAGUGAGGAGAAGCAGAAACUUCUAGAAGAGAAGGAGAAGAUGCUGGAGGAUCUGCGGCGGGAGCAGCAGGCCACAGAGCUGCUUGCAGCCAAGUACAAGGCCAUGGAAAGCAAGCUACUCAUUGGGGGGCGGAACAUCAUGGAUCACACAAAUGAGCAACAGAAGAUGUUGGAACUGAAGCGACAGGAGAUUGCGGAACAGAAACGCCGAGAGCGGGAGAUGCAGCAGGAGAUGCUGCUCCGGGAUGAAGAGACCAUGGAGUUACGUGGUACCUACUCGUCUCUGCAGCAGGAGGUGGAAGUUAAAACCAAGAAACUCAAGAAGCUCUACGCCAAGCUCCAGGCGGUGAAGGCUGAGAUCCAGGAUCAGCAUGAGGAGUACAUCCGCGUGCGGCAGGACCUGGAGGAGGCACAGAAUGAGCAGACCCGGGAACUCAAGCUCAAGUACCUCAUCAUUGAGAACUUCAUCCCCCCUGAAGAGAAGAACAAGAUCAUGAACCGGCUUUUCCUGGACUGUGAGGAGGAGCAGUGGAAGUUCCAGCCAUUGGUGCCAGCUGGAGUGAAUAACAGCCAAAUGAAGAAGCGUCCAACUUCUGCAGUGGGCUACAAGAGACCUAUCAGCCAGUAUGCUCGGGUUGCCAUGGCAAUGGGGUCCCAUCCCAGAUACAGGGCUGAGAAUAUAAUGUUUUUGGAACUGGAUGUGUCCCCACCGGCUAUCUUUGAGAUGGAAUUUUCCCAUGACCAAGAACAAGAUCCACGAGCACUACACAUGGAGAGGCUCAUGAGGUUGGACAGCUUUCUGGAGAGACCUUCCACAUCUAAAGUGCGAAAGUCGAGAUCCUGGUGCCAGAGUCCUCAGCGGCCUCCUCCACCCUCCACAGCUCAUGCCUCCAUGGCCUCUGCUCCUCUGCACCCUGCAACAGUGGUAGACCAUGACUGACACCCUUCCUUGAGGCUGCCCAUCAUAAAGACUCCUAGGACAGGGCAGCCAUCCCUGGUUCAUCCCAUCUGAUGCUUGGUGCGUGUGUGUGUGUGUGUGAUAUGUAUGCAUGUGUGUGUGUGUGUGAACUAGUGUGUGUACUAGUGUGUGUGAAGGGGCAAGAAACUGGCAGGCAGUGCCUCUGCCUGUUCUCUGUGCCUCCUUUAUUUAAUUCAUGUUAUUUAUUCAUGGAGCUUGAUUAGUGAGGAGAGAUCCCCUCGCUUGAGCUACCUGGGCCUGCCAUGGUCACAGCAUAGCCUCCUGUUCUUCUGGCUGGGGAGAGACCUCAGUAAGGCCCCAAGCUCCUCAUGUCAGCUGCCCCCAGGAGGGAAGAUGGCUAGUGCCUGAGAAGACAGUGCUUCCUUUACCCACCCAAGUCCACAGUCUCCAUCUUCUUGUGUGAUGGUGAGCAGCCCCUGACGCUUUCUGGGGCCAGGAAACUGCUGGUGUCCACUGAGGGCGAGAGGUGUCCUAACAGUGUUGGGCUUGCACUCCUGGUGGACUGAGCCUUGCUUUCCUCUCUGGGCCCUAGGCUCUUCCGGCCUCCAGGGCUCCUUCCCAACGACUUCAGUAGCCUCACUAAGACUCAUCCCUGGCUCUCCAGCCUUGGCAAGAACUCAUGGCUUCCCAACUCCACUUCAUUGCCAGCCCUCUCUGCCCUUGGAUUGGGAAUUGUGAACCAAACAGUUGUUGCCACCAUGAGACCUGCAGGAAAUGGAACACACAUUGACUGUCAUCAGGGGCAAUCUCUCCUCAGUCCCCUUGGUUUCCUUCACUCCUCCAAGAAGGUCCUUUGGAGAACAAAACAUCAGACCACCUCUCCUCAUGUGAGGUGUGGCUUCUUCCUGCUCUGAUCACUGUUCCCUGAAGCUGUCAGGUCUCAGUCCACAGUGGAAAGAAUCAGUGUCAUUCCACCCCUUACUAAACACAGAUAACAAAAUCCUUCGCUUUGUGCCUCCAGCUAAUACAAGAAACAAACCCAGGCCCAAUCUUUGCCAGAUUUACCUAUUACCCCUAUUUCUUAGUCACAUCCUGGGGAGGGGGGCACUAUUUUGUUGAAAAAAUCAAUCCAUUCUUUACUACUUGUGUGACUUGGUCCUUCCUCACCUUCCUUUGUGACCACCCCAAAUGUCUCCGGGUACUGCAAGUGAUAAGUAAAUUUCUAUUUUAAAAAGUUAA